AUGACCGUCUCUUCCUUAGGGUGUCUGACUUUUGCACUUGCACACCCCAUUAAGCUGCAUUCUCGCAUCUGCACUGGCAGUUUGCCUCGUGCAAUCUCCUGUGGAAAAUCCAAACGUUUGCCUCUACAAUAUCCUGGGGCUUCUCCCCUCAUGGAUUAUUGGGCUAAAAGCAUUUAUCGAUCUGAACUAGCCGGUCUGCUUCGGGCCAGCCUUCCUCUUCAGAAUGAUCUCCAGCUUCUAUGUCUUGCUUUGCUAGCUCGCCUCGUACCUGGCCCAGCUUCUCCUGUCAUUGCACCAACAGUUGUAUCUGGUAAUAUUGCUGGCAGUGGUGGGAUACAAUCUGCCACUGGUCCACUGGUUUCCGGAGGACUUGGUAGCGGCCCGCAUGGACAAUACUCUUGUGGUCUUGGCUCCGUGCAUUCGCAUUUACCACCACCACCGCAAUCACCUCUCUCACCCUUGCAUAUUAACCAGCCAUCGUUUCAAUUCCUUCAGCAACCCGGCUCAGCUACACCUUGUGUAGGCUCAGGCUCUGGCUUUGGUGAAUUGGGUAAGUAG